UCGAUAAGGCGCAGAAUGACAUCGAUAUCAACAAAAUAUCGCCGCAUCAAUGCUUUCGAUCAGUACAAGAGUGGCGGCUCGUCGAUUUGCUGUGAUUACAAAACAGGCAAAAGCAUGCAGAAGAAAGCCGGCGCUGGCCUUUUGGGCUUUUUUAAAACAGAAAAAGGACGCAAACUGGUCUUCUAUGCGGCGGGCACAACAACAGCGGGUCUGUUUGUGGCCAAUUUUCUGCCGCACACAUUUGGCCUGAAGUAUUAUCGCGAUUUUGUACAAUGUUAUCAAAAUGGCAUUGAGCGGGAAGUGCCACCAGCUGUGCAGCAGCGUGUGCAACUGGCAAUGGAAAGACUGGAAGUUGAUCAGCGCGAGCGGAAAUUCAUUAAGCCAUUUACCGUGUUUGGCUUUGAUCUGUUCCAAGCGGGCACCACAAAGUUUCGUUUUGGUGCCGCUUUGGGUAUUCCCGUAAACUAUGCCUAUGGCAGCAUUGAUGAGAUUAAGCGAGCAGAUAUUCGAUUUCGCGAUAGGCAAGUCGAUUGGAAGGCGGACAGCGGCAAACUGCUGGAAAAUGCAAUUGUCCUAACGGAGGAUGAACAGCUGUUUGGGCUGAGCAAGGCAAUUCUACAGCUGCAAACGCAUCGCGUCCUGAUGAACUCGAUCUUUCCCAGCGUUAGCUUUUUCAUGGUCUACACAAUUGGACACUAUCUGAAUCUGCGGCUCGAUCUCUUCGCGCGACAUGGCAGCAUGCGCUUCGUUCUGUACAGCAUUUUGGGCUUGUUUGGCUUGGGCAGCUGGUCCUUCAUGAAGGACUUCAAUCAGGUUGCAACCGAUGCGGAGAUUGAUAAGCGUCUUGCCACGCUAGGCCCGCAAUUUGUCGCCGCCGGCGUCAGCUACUACGACAAGCAUUUGAAGAAGAAUAUUGCCCUGCGGAAUCUAAUUGGAGAUAAUACCUAUACCGCCCUGGGCAAUGAAAACUACAUGCUGCGCCAAAAGUCCAUGCCGCUGACAGCGCGCAAAUCCUUCUUUGAGGAGAAGUGGAAGGAACUGCAGGAUGCACAGCAGGCGCAGCAAUCGGCGGAGGCACAAUAAAUAUAUAUAAUUAAUGAGUUCAUAUUUGUUUAAAUUUGCUAAAAACGUCUGUUGGAUAAGUUUAUGCGAUUCCUAUUAAAAAUAUGUUUUAAAUUUUUAA